AUGUCGUUCAGUUGCCCUAUGUGCAGGAAGGCCUUCAGCAAUUCCUCGGCCCUGCUGAGGCACCAGUCCAUCCACACCAGGGAGAAGCCGUUCUCCUUCCCCGAAUGUGGGAAGGUCUUUACCCGCUCCACCACACUGCUGAAGCACCAGCUGGUCCACACGGGGGAGUGGGGGUUGGGGAGGCCAUUCUGCUGCCCUAAGUGCGGGAAGGCCUUCCGCAAUUCCUCCUCCCUGCUGAAGCACCAAUGUGCCCACACCGGGGAGAUGCCCUUCAGUUUGCCCGAGUGUGGGAAGAGGUUCAUGUUUUCCUACAACUUGUGGAAGCACCAGCGGGGGCACCAGAGCUCCCAGCAAUCAGAUCCUACCAGUGUCGCUGCCUUCGGUCACCCCCCAGGACUGAACCUCCUGCCU